AGCACAUUCGGCCAAAGGCUACGAGUCGGAGGAUGAGAACGCGGGCAGAAAGCGGCAUAAGGCCAACGACGACCGGCCAGCCAGCAAGACCACCAUGUACUCUAAGCAGGAAUUCCGGGAGCAGUACUGCAUCAACAACAAGCAACUGGAUCUGCUGGAACUGGAAAAAUCCAAGAAGGACAGAUUUCUUGGAUGCCUCUCCCAGUACCACAUCGAGAGCCCCUGUUCAAGAGCCAAUCGAGCAUCAUUUCUAUCCGUAUGUGUCCGUCGUCGAGUGCCCUCGGAUGAGAAUCUCAACACCGACUAUGCACCCAUACAGAGGUAUCCCAGGUUCGGCCAACCAUCUCCCGCGCCACCGGAGCUAUGUGCCCACGACGCCGAUCUGGAGUGCUCGUACUUUCGCCGCCGGCCAAGAUCCGUGUGCAGCCAGCCUGACCCCAAACGGUACACGUGGAUGCCUGAGGAUGAAGACUUCACCCGGAUGGAGUGGCCACAAUCGGUAAUAGAAGAUAACGCGGGUUGGCCGCAGAACUAUAAUCUGGACCAAAUCGCGUCAGUUACAAGAGGGGGCUCGUUGCCGAGGCCACCUUCAAUAAUACCCUGUCCCGCCCACACUCCGAUACCCCCACCGCCUCCGCCGCCACCUCUCACAAUACCCCCUCACAGGGCUAAACACGUAUCUUUCGCUCGCUCGCACACGCUGACAACAUUCGACGACUCAGUCAUGCCGGCCGCUGUCAGCAACAAUAGGUUUAGAAGAGACUGCGAACGGCUUAUCGAUGGCCGUGUUAUUAAGCCUGAACCAAAGCCGUACUCCACACUGCCAAUAAUGUUCCAACCGUUCACACCAUACCCGCAAUACGUCACGCAGCCGCCAGCGCCGAUGCACUACCCGCCAAUAACGCCACUGCAGCAGCACGCGCCCACAGUGCCCAUCCAAACACAAACGGAACAGCCGAAAGUCGUCGUGCUCGAUUCAAUAAAGAAAGGGGUUAUGCGGACACAAGCGACGCAGACUGAAGUGUGCUUGGGGAGGAAACCACUACCACCGAAUUACUUGUCUCUUAGUCCUAGGACCAUUAAAAGGGUAAAAAUGGUAGCUGCGGGUGUACAAACAAAUGGAAUAACUGUUGGGCCUCGGAGGUUAACAAAAUCUUUCUCUGAAGUCGGCGGGGACCGUUUAGCUGGAGAUGCUCAAAAUGAUAUCACAGCGUCUGUGGAGAGUUUCAUUGGUAUUGAUCAUGAAAAACUUCAUCGGACGCAGUCUGAGGAACCUCCGAGAUCACCUCGAUCACCCACUUCUAUGGUUCCACCAUCACCACACAUACAAAGAGGGGAUUCCGAAGACACUACCUCUUCUCCCAUGAAAUCAGUAGCAUCGUCACAAAUAGACAGAUCUUCCGAGCUAAGCGCACUCCAAAGACAAGCUCAAGAAUAUUUUCAACAAAACUUCCAAUUCAUCCAUGAAAGUGAUAGGGACGACACGAUAGAUGACGAUAUAGAAACUAUUGAAAAAAGUAUGGCGCUAAAUAGAAGAAACUUAGAAUAUCUUCAACAAGAAAUUGCAAAGCAAGCCAAAGGAGAAAGAUCAUUAAGAUCAAUUUUAUCUAAAAGCACUAGUGAUACGUCUCAAAAAACAAAUUCUCAUCCAUUUUCAAAAACUUCUACAUUCCAAUCUGAACCUUCAACCGAAACGUCCGUUACGACGACUGACGAUAGUGAAAAGAAUGAAAAGGAAAUUAUUAUAGAUUUUGAACCAAGGCCUGAUGAUGAAGCAAUACCGUUUACAACUCUUCGUAGAAAUAGACGUCUUCUUCAGAAAACUUUAUCAGAAGGCGAAAUAUUAUUAGAUGUACGUAAAACGGAAAUUUACACCAAUGGAGAUGGCGUCAAAGAUGCACCUCUUAUAAUGUCUACUAGCCAAGAAAAUAUGACUCGGGAAGAUCGUGAACGAGAAGCGCUUUACCUGCAAUAUAUUGGUCAAAAUUACGUUCAAACGCCUAUAAAGGAUGAAGGUAUCUUUGGAUUUGAACCAGACGGAUCUUUCAGUUCUUCGGACGGCAAUGCACCAUACGAAGAUUUUCAUGAAAAAUACAUUAGUUACAAGCAUGAUUCUUUUAGAAUUCGAAGCGUAAGUUUUGAAGAGCAAAUCGAAACUGCUGAUGUAAAAAAGGAUGACAUUCCUGCAAACAGCACCGCUAAGUCAAGCCCAGGGUCUCCAGAGCCAGUUAGUCUUGAUAUUGACAUUGACCAUAAAGCAAAAAGAUCUGUUGUAUCAAAAACUGCUACCACUCUCACUCCUUUGGAUAAGAUAUCGCCAUGUGCAUCGAAUGAGUCAUUAACAGUUGAUCCUAGCAGGGAUCAUUCUGACGGCAUGUGGAAUGAGUCUCAAACAACUGUUUUACAAGUUGAUUCGGGAACUGAAAAUGGAACUGUUAUAAGUUCGUCGGACUUGAGCUCAUUGGCAGCAUCACCAGGGGCUUUAGCAUUAUUAACUCCUACAUCUAGAAGAAAACAGUUAUUAUUGUUACAACACCAGCAAAGGUCAUCUUUAGAUACAGAUGUAUUAGAUGAAGAGUUUGAUGCUUCGCAGAGCCAAUCACCAACAUCACCUAGAAACAAAUUAGAUACGUCCAGUUCAAGUUCUCAAGCAAGAAUCUCACUCUCACCGCCAGCCGUUGUUCCUAAUGUCACAUUACCAAUAACAAAACAACCAAUGAUAUCAAAGACUAUUUCACCAAUCGCAUCUAUAAAAGCUAAUCAUACACCGGCUAUUGCUAUCACUCAUCCUAGUUUAGAUUUAGCGGAUGUUCCGUUUAAAAGAACUCCGAGUUUUAUUAAUAAGAAGAGAGAAAGAGCACUGAGCCCGUCAAGGAGAAGAGAUUUACAGACUAAAGCUAAGCCAACAGAACACAAGCCAAAUUUACCGCCAUUAAUAUCAGAGUCGCCGUCAGAAACAGCGACGCUUUCAAAAGCCGGCAGUAGUGAAACUAAUUUAGCAAGAACUGAUUCUGGAAAGACGAAUACUACUGAUGUCUCGGAAAGCACUACUACUACUGAAGACUAUGUUACUGCUAAUUCUGAUAGUUCUAAGAGAAGUACUAGUAAAAAUCAGAAUCAAUAUCCUGAAAAUAAUAAGACUCAGGAAGGUUCAUCUUUUGAAAGCGCGUCCAGUUUAUAUUCAACUACUCGUAACGAUAACGCCACAGAAGACUUAAUUGUGCCAAGUUUUUCUCCACCUUUAGAAAUCAACGACGAUUUUAUAGUACCAAAUCUUACCUCCCCUCCGUUACCUUUGCCCGAGAGGUUACCAAAGAGGACGGUAGAAAAAAUUGAGGUAAAAGCAGAUAUAACUCCACGAACUGAAUUAAUUAGGAGAGAUAAGACUGAUAAACAUAAAUCUAGUGACGAAGUCCCUAAACCUAGUACGACACGUGACGCGGUUAGUGGUAAAAGUAGUUCUAGUGGAAGUUACAGUUUAGGUGGUUCAAAUCCUACUAUGACCGAAGAUAUGGGAGACAAAACACCAACAAAUAAAACAAAAAAACUACCAGAAAAAAUAGAACCACCACAAAAAACGAAAGAGGACAAAGUAACAAGUCCUAUAAGUAGUGUUCAUCGAGCUCCGAAAAUGAUGGGAUCGCUCUCUGAUGACGAAAGAAGUGUGCACUAUUCAUCAUCAGGAUAUUACGAAAGCCCUGUGGAUGAUGAUGACGACGGUGGACUAACGUAUAAACAUUCUCAAAAAUAUAGAUCCUCACAAAGGCAAAAAACUUGGUUGCUGGAUGAAAAACGGAGGAAAAAGAAGGCUUUUACUUUGGAGUUCUCUAAAUCUUAUGACGAUUCAGUUUCAACGUCUCAGGAUGAUUGGGCUAAGAAGCCAACAGAUCCCGAUAGUAUAAGCCAACGCUCUGAACGAAGUUCAUUAAAAGGAGCGAAUUUAAAAUCUCCAGAAGAGAAACCAAUAGAAGUAAGAAAAAAGAAAACUCAUUUUGCUGAUAAAACAAAAAGCAUACAAUCGUCACCUAGAGAAGCAGUUGAUGUUGAAAAAGCAAUCAAAGAAAAGAUGAAAAAAGAUAAAGAGUCAGAACCUAAGCGGUUAGAAAGAGAACGGUAUGUAAAAAGGACAAAACUAAAAGCUAAGAGUCCAAUUCAAAGUAAGCCAACUGAUGGAAACCAUAGACCUCAACUUUACGAUAGAAGGGAUAGUGUGGGACCAAAUAUGAAAUUACAUUUAAAUAUCCCUACCUCAGAUGACUCUAGUGAACAAUAUCGAAAAGAUGGGCCAAGUAACGGGAACAUUUCUCCGAGAAAACAUAGACGUUUACGGGAUAGUCCAAGAAGGAAAACUACGCAAAAAACUAAUUUAGUUAGUUCUCCAACGUCAGCUAAUGCUCAUUCAAGUUACAGUUGCCGUCCAAGACGAAAAAGUGCUUCUAACGAAAGUAUAUCGCUUCCUGGAAGCUUACCUAGAAGAAAACAGUCCAUUCCUAUAGCCGCUGGUCUCAGUUCAUUAGAAGCCGAAGACAUUGAAACGACAAAAGUUCUUACCAGUGCCGGAUCAAGAUUGACUCCAUUACGAUAUGUCAAAAGUCCGACGUCAUCACCUAGACAUCAUCGCAAGCAGGAUAAAGAAGGGAAAUUCGCUAAAGCAGCAUCUGCAGAAUCCCUGCGCUCGGUGUCUCCUGGGUCAGACUCUGUGUUUUAUUCAGAGCAAACGGAGCACAGUUUCGCUGGGGCCGAUGGGGAAGCCAAAGCACAUUGUUUACACUGCGGGAAGGAGGUGCAUAUUGUGACGGCGGCCCAUGAGCAUGACAGUUUGGCUUCGAGGACUUCGCAUACUGAUGAUUCAUACGCAGACGCGACACCGGAUAUAGUCCCGGCACCAGCUGGUUUCGCGGACUCCCCAAACUGUACGUCUUCAAAAAAGGGAAAUGGUGCUAGAUUAUAUAAAAAGCUAGAAAAGAGAUAUCGCUCUGAAGACAAAUCACGACAGCAUAGGCAUAGGCAAGAUGUUCGAGCAAAGUCUGAAGAAAGGGGUAAGGAAGAGUAUGCAGCCAGUGAAAAACCUCAGGACACCCGUAUUGCGAGAUCUGCCGGUAACAGCUUGGAUAAACUUGCUGGCUCCAGUGGAAGCGUAGACCCUGAUGAACACGAAGAGUGUUCAGUAAGUUCGGAAGGAGCGGACGGGAGUCGCAAUGAGCGGGGCGUGUACGCAGCUCCCUGGUGGUGCGGGAACUGGAUACUGCUCUCUGAAUGUGACGACAGCUGGACGAGGAUUCCGCCAGACCUAACAGACACCGACAUGAGCUCCGAAGACCCCACGGAGUCAGAAACGGAGUUCAACAAGCGUUACGUGGCCCUGACACAUCGGCUGGUCCAUCGGCGGGCGUGCAUCGAGCUCAACAGGCGGCAGUCUGACAACACUUUUGGGAAAUUAUACAAAAUGGGGCUUUAUUUGUCAGAAGUGUUAAUGAAUCCAAAGGGCAGUUUGAGAAGCAAGUUGGAAGAGAUAUUCAAACUCAUGCUGACGCUGUGGUGUCGACAGUGUGAGGCUAAUAAGCUAGUCGCAGCUGAACCGUGUGAAAGCGACAAAACAGUUGUCGUCCGCCGUGGCAAUGAGGAGUUUGGGUUUCGGAUCCACGGGAGCAAGCCAGUCGUCGUGUCAGCGAUCGAACCCGACACGCCAGCCGAGACCUCCGGCUUAGAAGUCGGCGAUAUAGUCAUAGCUGUUAAUGGUAUCAAUGUUUUAGACAAAACACAUUCAGAAGUAGUUAAAAUAGCGCACUCCGGUUCAGAAAUACUUGAAUUAGAGGUAGCGCGAACAUGUGAAGUGGUAGCUUCUUUAGCGCACGAGAGCGGCCCAGCAGCCCUAUACUCGGGCUAUUUGUGGCGAGCUGCUCCCCUAAGGCCGCACCACCCGCCGCGAUGGACCAGACGGUGGUUCGUCCUGAAGAGAGACAACUGCUUGUAUUAUUAUAAGACGGAUUCGAGCAUUCACCCCGUCGGAGCGCUCAUGCUAGUAAACUACCAACUAACCGAAGAGGACGCGGGGCGACCGCACGGAUUCCGAUUGCAGCGCGGCGGCGGCAAUCGUCUGCAACUAGCUGCCGAUAGUGCGGAGGCCGCCGCUAGAUGGCGUGCUGUUCUAGCGCAUGCUAUUGAUACUAGUAAUCAGCGUGACGGCUGGUUAGAAGUAACAAUGAGAAACAUGAAACUACCCCCAUCAUCAAUACCCCGUCCAGACUGCUUCGGCUACCUAAUGAAACUCGGCUCCAAGUGGAAAUCGUGGGCCAAACGCUACUGCGUGCUGAAGGAUGCCUGCCUUUACUUCUAUAGUGAGGGGAACAGCAAAAACGCAUUUGGCAUGGCAUGUCUCCACGGCUACAGAGUGCAGACCUGCGCGCCAGGAGGCAAGAAGUACGCCUUCGAAGUCAUGCCUACAGAGCCGAAGCAGCGACACUUCUAUUUCCACACCGAGUCCGAAAUGGAUAGGAAACGAUGGAUGGCGGCCCUGGAAUACUCCAUAGACCGGUGGAUGAAGGCUGGUUGACGACAAUGUCUCGCUUUAGAGGACUCCUACAUAUUCUUUAUAUUCUAGAUACAAUUAUAAUUCUUUUUAUUUA